GUAUAUUUACUCAAAUGCAACCUCUCUUCUCUAAGGUGAACACAGGUUGGAUGUUUACGGGCUAGACCUGAGCAACUUUUACAAGACUUUCUUCUGGUUUUCGCUCGCUGCCGGAGCUGAUUGUGUCUGCAGAGAGGAUGCCUUUGUGUCUUCAGCUCACACCUGGAACAAGGAAACAGUGAGGGCUGCUUGUUGUGUUGAUGAGCUUUUUUUUUCAAAGUGAAGGACUAAGUUACUUGCCUUUUGUUACUUUAAAGGAAUGACAUUGGAAUAUGCGCUUUUUGCUCGAUAAUUCAGACCUGUAGCACCACCUGUGAGACCGGCAGGCACCAUUACAACACCGCUUCGCUGUGAAAGAAGCGAUAGAGCUGCGGUCCGAAGACAGGACGCCGACUUUAAGCACAAGAUAAGACGGUCUCAGUGAGCGUGGUUUUACGCACGCACAGGAGACGUUCGAGCGCGAGGGGCAGCAUCAGGUGCUGAGAGGUGGGGAACAGAAGACACACAUUACCACCACCACCACCACCAACAACAACAACAACAAAAAGCUUGGUAGCUGAGUUCAGCCAUCAAAAUGACGGACGGUCCGAGACAACGGAGCAGCACGGCGGGGUCCUCCAAAGAUGCUGCCGGUGGGACCGAGUCCGGGGGAGGAGUUGCGCUCAAGAAGGAAAUCGGGCUUGUGAGCGCCUGCGGUAUUAUUGUUGGUAACAUCAUCGGCUCAGGUAUCUUCGUCAGCCCAAAGGGAGUGAUGGAGAACGCCAGCUCCGUGGGCGUGGCCCUGAUCGUGUGGAUCAUCACGGGAAUCAUCACCGCCAUCGGAGCUCUGUGCUACGCUGAGCUGGGCGUCACCAUCCCCAAGUCGGGAGGAGACUACUCCUACGUCAAGGACAUCUUUGGAGGGCUGGCUGGGUUCCUGCGUCUAUGGAUCGCCGUGCUGGUCAUCUACCCGACCAACCAGGCCGUGAUCGCCCUGACGUUCUCCAACUACGUCCUGCAGCCUCUGUUCCCCACCUGCUUCCCCCCGGAGAACGGCCUCCGUCUGCUGGCUGCCGUCUGCCUCUUGCUGCUGACAUGGGUGAACUGCUCCAGCGUGCGAUGGGCCACCAGGGUGCAGGACAUCUUCACCGCGGGCAAACUGCUGGCGCUCGCCCUCAUCAUCAUCAUGGGCAUCGUGCAGAUCUGCAAGGGAGACUACUACUGGUUGGAGCCAGCCAAUGCCUUUGAGCCCUUCCAGGAGUACGAUGUGGGUUUGAUAGCCUUAGCCUUUCUACAAGGCUCCUUCGCCUAUGGAGGGUGGAACUUCCUCAACUAUGUCACAGAGGAGCUGGUGGACCCUUAUGUAAACCUUCCUCGUGCCAUCUUUAUCUCCAUCCCCCUUGUGACCUUCGUCUACGUCUUUGCCAACAUCGCCUAUGUCACCGCCAUGAGCCCCCAGGAGCUGCUCGCCUCAAACGCUGUUGCCGUGACGUUUGGUGAGAAGCUGCUGGGAGUCAUGGCGUGGAUCAUGCCCAUCUCUGUGGCUCUGUCCACCUUUGGAGGUGUCAACGGUUCCCUCUUUACCUCUUCAAGAUUGUUCUUUGCUGGAGCCAGAGAGGGCCACCUCCCCAGUCUGCUGGCCAUGAUUCAUGUAAAACGCUGCACUCCCAUCCCUGCUCUGCUCUUCACUUGUCUGUCCACUCUUCUUAUGCUGUGCACCAGUGACAUGUAUACUCUCAUCAACUACGUGGGCUUCAUCAACUACCUCUUCUAUGGAGUCACUGUCGCUGGGCAGAUUGUCCUGCGUAUCAAGCAGCCCAACAUGCACCGGCCAAUCAAGGUCAGCCUGAUAUGGCCGGUUAUUUACCUCAUCUUCUGGGCCUUCUUGCUCAUCUUCUCCCUUUACUCUGAACCCGUGGUGUGUGGCAUCGGCCUGGCCAUCAUGCUGACUGGUGUCCCCGUUUAUUUCCUGGGAGUCUACUGGGACAACAAACCACAGUGCUUUGACGCCUUCGUUAACAAGAUGACAUACUUGGGCCAGAAGUUUUGUGUGGUGGUUUAUCCGGCCGAAAGCGACAGCAGCAGCAGCGGGAGCGGAGAGGAAGGAGAGGAAAUGAAGGAGGCCAGGUCUCCUCUGUCCAAGGAGGACGGAGACAACCACAAGUCAGCAGACUGCUAAGGCCCACAUCUUUAUCGCCCACCUUCCCCAAAAUAAAAAGACAAAAACAGACGCACAUGCGGGGCGCACAAAGACACGGGCAAACAUACAUCACAGUUUGCAGUGGAAUUUACUGAUCAACACUCGUGCCCCCACACCAUGUCUUUUUCUUGUCUAUUUUUAUUUGGUUUUUAGCAUCGUAUCAAUCAAUAAUUUCAGUGCCAAAUAUAGUGUGAGACGUUUAGAGUAACAUAACCUCAAACUUUACUAUUUGGGGUCCUUCAAAGGUGCAAUAAAGAAAGGUUAGUACCUUCCAACUCCUCAGUACAUGCUUAAACAGACACAUUUACCCAUUUACUACUCUUCAUCAUCAUCGUCAUCCCCCUGCUUCUGAUCCUCCCUCUCCCCCUCCACACACUCUCUGCACACUCCUACUGUAAGAGCGACAUUUUUUUUUUUUUUUUAGUAUUUUUUUAUUAUUAUCAAAAGACUCUUACUGUACUAAGAUGGCGACGCAAACACUUUUUGUUUGUUGUUUUGUUCUUUUUUUUUUGCCACAUUGUAAAAUUUGCUUUGUCAUACAUUCAACACACCAAAGCUGUAUUUUGAUUGUCGAAGCAGAAAAUCAGAUUCAGAUCAACUCAUUUCAUGUCGUGAAGUACACUAAGUACUGUGUUGUGUUUUUAAAGGUGACUGUGAUUCCAAAAUGUUUCUCGCUAUCUCUUUCUUUUUUUUGUAAUUGUGAUAAUUGUUUAUAUUAUUUGCCUUUUGUUGUCAUUUUAGUUUUAAUAUGUUAAUUUUAGUUUUGUUGAUAUUCUUUUUUCUAUUCAACAUCAUAUUCAUCUGGGCCUGUUUUUUACUCUUGAAACUGCAAAGGUGUACACCUGAAAGAUGAUGUGUGAAUGUGCUGGUAAAUGCACAAUCCUUGUUAAUUGCCUUAAUUAGAAUAUAUUCUGUAUGUGAGUUCCAUUAUAGCUGUGUUUUGAGUGAGGUAGAGAGAAGGUUAAUCCUCAUACUUGGGGUAAUUUUUCUAAAAAGCAACAAAAAAGUCAGUUUUAUGGACACUACACAAGUAAUUUACCUGUUGAAACUGCAGGUCCAGCAGGGGCGUAGACGACUAGAAAGAAUAAAUAGGCACGACACUGAUAGUUUUCACCACCACAUUUGCAUCAUUAAUGUGCAAAUCCCUACACCGACACAUGUGAAUGCCCGUGUGAAAAGAGUUUAAAAAAGGCAUUGACUGUCUUUCAAGUAUUUUUGUAGCUUAACAUCUAGCUGUCUAGAUAUUUUUUGUGCUUAAUUUAGGGUGUAGAAAAGAAAACUAUUUUUUUUUAGUCUUACAGUUAAUUUAGAAAUUAUUUUAUAGUGCAAUAUUAGUACAGACACCAGCAAAAACUGAACAUGCACCCCUGAAUGAACCCGUACUGUGUUGUCUGGUUAUAGUUAUAUAUCUAUUCUUAUGCUGUAUAUUAUAGUAACAACACUCCUUCAUACAUAAACACACCUAAUAUACUUAAAUGUCUUCAGUCUUUCUACAAACUGUUAGUGUCUCAGGGCAUCCCCUUUGCCUUCUCCUUACAUACACUGCCUAAAACCUCCAGACCAUGAAAACUCAACAGAUCUGACUCAUUGCGUCUAUGAAAUCCAGUCUGUUAGUGCUAAAUGUCUGUACUGGUGCUUUUAGAUAUUUAUUUCCUCAGGAGUCUCAAUAUCUCCCAAAAGAAGAAGAAGAAAAAACUCACAGAGGAUGACAGGUGUUAAAUCACCAUUAACGUUGGGCCAGUACUGUAAAGGUUGCUCUUAUUAAACUCUAAGGGGAACAGGGUGUCUUGGAUGUCUUUACAAGUACAAUGAUUGUGUGUUGUGCCUGUAUGGUUCUUGUGUAUUUUCAGUAUGCAAAGAUGUCAUGACAGUCUGUAUAUUGUCUCUUAGUAAAUAAAAACCACUGACUAAUGUUUGAAAUUGUAAUUCAGGGCCUCAUUUAUAUAAAACCAAACCCUCCUUGUCUUUAUCUUUGUUCCACUGUCCCAUCAUUUGAAAUAAUGUCAUUAAAUUCUUAUUUCUUUCAAUGCA